AUGUCUCGAAUGAUCGAGGAUAUGCCAAAACACUGGAGAUUGGUUGGUAGAGUUCGUGGUAUUGAUCUCUCUAGAGAGAAGGUUCAGUUCAUCUUCCAGCGUGAGGAAGAUCUACAAACGGUCUUGAAUGAUCGACCAUGGUCUUUCAACUUCUGGACCAUGCUCCUCGAACGAUGGACAGAAUCUCCUCCGAAUGACUUUCUCACGAAGUUUGAAGUUUGGAUACGCAUCAGGACCAUGCCAUGCAAUUACUACCCCAUUGAUACCAUGUUUGAGAUGGCCAAGGCUAUUGGAGAGGUAAAGGUGGUAGCUUAUGAUCCUAAGGUGUCUCAGAAGGCUGAUUUUAUCCGUGCUCAAGUGGUUUUUGACAUAUCUAAACCUGCUAGAGAAGAGAAGAUCUUUAACCUCUCAGCUGGCAAAAGUGUUGCAAUCUCUUAUGAGUAUGAAAAAAUCAGGAAAAAGUGUUUUCAUUGCUUUAAACUCACGCAUGAGAAAGUGCAAUGCCCUUGGCUGAAAAACAAGCACCAUAACCAUUGCAUUCCGGUGAAGGGGUCAUCUUCUCAGACUCCACCAAUGGAUCUCACAAAAGGAAAAAGCAAAGAAGGCGAGACUUUCAUACCAAGGCUCUUGGAAGGUCCCCCAGGCUUUCCAUCUCUAUUCCCGGAGCUGUCUAAAGAGGAUCAGCAAAGUUCCAUGUUGUACAUCUCUCAUGCUGACCCUACAGAGCGCUUGGCGAGAAUUGAAAGAGUUAAACAAAGUAUUAAAGAUACAAAGGACCAAAGAGAUCAUCAACGCCCCCAUCAUCACUACUGA